CGUCACUUUUUUUGAGGUGAAAGCAGCAGAAGAGGAUAUUUUUUUUUACUGGCCUUUCUUUCACGGAGCGUAUUUCACAACCGAAGGAAGCAACGUAAACACAGCCGCAGUGAUCCCAUCAUCACAGGUAGUGUGGAUAUUCUGGCUGCCUUUAUCUGAAGGGAUGCUUUAUUGAUUCGUCCUUUCAAACAAAGCCCAGUGAUUACGGGGAGGGUGUUGGAAAGGCUUUGAUCACAGCUAUGUCAACACUUCACCAGGAUAUUUAAAGCCAAGAAGGACUACAGUAGAGGACUGACUGGAGUAAUUUAUUUUAGCCUUACAGGAUUUCAGAAUUUUUUUUGCUAAUCUGAGUUUAGUGUGAGUUUUUAAGCAUGAGUUUUUGACAACUUCAUUGAAACCACUCACUCUAUUGUACACAACUCAAAUUGUCUCAAAAUGUACGGAAGCUCCCGCUCCGUCUCAAAGCUGGAUGUUGUUGGAUCCAAUGGAAACGGGUCAAUGUCAGGGAGUCCUGGUCGUUCCCCCCGCCUCCCUCGCUCCCCACGCCUCGGACACCGUCGGAACAGCAGCAGCAGCUCCACUGGCGGACUCACUGGCUCCGGUAAAACCCUUUCCAUGGAGAACAUUCAGUCUCUUAAUGCUGCCUAUGCUACAGGCGGUCCGAUGUACUUCGCUGACACAAUGGAUGACCCGGUUGGCAUUGGGAGCCUGGGCAGCGGGUUGAAUCCCUCGCUACCCAAAAAUACCAUGACCCUGGGCAGGGCUGGGGCCAGGGUUCCUUAUGGGGUCAGGGCAGCUAUUAUGGGAAGCAGUCCAAAUAUUAACACUGGAGGAAUGGGUGGAGCGCUCAUGCCCAGUGAUGCGAUAGCAUUUGGGGGGGACCUGCAUAACCAGCCUCCACAGUCAGCCACUGUGCCCCACUCCAUGAGACAGGUGAGAGAAGGUGCCAUGACAGACCUUCAGUCACAGUUACGAGAAGUGCUUCGAGAGAAUGAACUUCUACGCAGAGAGCUGGAUACCAAAGAGUCCAAGUUGAGCUCCUCCAUGAACUCCAUUAAGACCUUCUGGAGUCCAGAGCUGAAGAAAGAGCGGGCACUGAGGAAGGACGAAGCCACAAAGAUGGCCGUGUGGAAGGAGCAGUACAGAGUGGUGCAGGAGGAGACACAGCAUCUUCAGUGCACCAUUCAGGCUUUACAAGAUGAGCUCCGCAUCCAGCGGGAUCUCAACCAGCUCUUCCAGUCAGAUUACUCAGAGUCUGGUCUCUUCGGAAGCCAGCCAAUCGCUCCUCAGGACAUGACGGAGGACAACUUCCUGCGUCUGCAUGGCGAAUACGAGCGACAGGUCAAGGAGCUCUUCCUCCUGAGGAAGACUUUGGAAGAAAUGGAGCUGAGGAUAGAUACACAGAAACACACGCUAAAUGCCAGAGAUGAAUCUAUAAAGAAGUUGCUGGAAAUGUUGCAGAGCAAAGGUCUGUCCUCACGGGCAACCGAGGAAGACCACGAACGAACGAGGCGGCUUGCGGACGCCGAAAUGACGAUCCACCAACUGGAGGGCUUGUUGGAGCAAAAAGACAAGGAGAUGCUACAACUCAGAGAGGAGCUGCACAGGAGAUACGAAGCAGCUCCAGAAUCAACAAAGACCAAGGCUCUGCAGACGGUCAUUGAAAUGAAGGACGCGAAGAUCAGCUCGAUGGAGCGCGGCCUGAGAGAGCUGGAGGAUGAGGUGAACAUGCUCAAGUCCAACGGAGCUCUGAGCAGCGAGGAGAGGGAGGAGGAGAUCAAACAGAUGGAGGUGUACAGAUCCCACUCCAAGUUCAUGAAGAACAAGGUUGAGCAGCUGAAGGAAGAGCUAACUCAAAGCCAAUCAGAGAAGGAGGAGCAAAGGCAGCGAGCCAAUGAGCUUCAGCAGGAGGUGUCUGCAAUGGACCAGGCAAAGCAGGAUCUGAGCCGUAAGGACAGCGAGCUGCUUGCUUUCAGGACCAAACUGGACACUCUGAACAAUCAGUUCUCUGACAGUAAACAACAUGUGGACGUUCUCAAAGAGUCGCUCACUGCAAAGGAACAGAGAGCUGCCAUCCUCCAGACUGAGGUGGAUGCGCUGCGUCUGCGCUUAGAGGAAAAAGAAUCUCUCCUCUCUAAAAAGACAACACAGAUAUCAGAGCUGACAGAGGAGAAAAGCACUCAGCAGGGAGAGAUCACAGACCUCAAAGACAUGCUGGACGUCAAGGAGCGCAAAGUUAACGUGCUGCAGAAGAAGAUAGAGAACCUUCAGGAUCAGCUGAGGGACAAAGAGAAGCAGCUGGGCGGCCUGAAAGACAGAGUGAAGUCUUUACAGACGGACACCUCCAACACAGACACGGCACUGGGAACACUGGAGGAGGCCCUGGCUGAGAAGGAGCGAAUCAUCGAGCGGUUGAAGGAGCAGCGGGAGAGGGAGGACAGAGAGAAGGGGGAGGAGGUGGAGAUCAGCAAGAAGGAGCUGAAGGAGUUGAGGGAGAAAGUCUCGCAGCUGCAGGCUGACCUCUCUGACCGUGAGACUACAGUGUUGGAUCUGAAGGAGAAGGCGUCCUCUCUGGCGUCCUCCACCCUGAAGAAGGACAACAGGCUGAAGAGUCUGGAGAUCGGCCUGGAGCAGAAGAGAGAGGAGUGCAUCAAACUGGAGAACCAACUCAAGAAGGCUCAGAAUGCAGCGACUGAUUCCCAGGCCACCACUGAACUCUCUGAACAGAUCUCCAGUCUGGAGCAGGAAGUCACCCGGCACAAAGAGGAUGCUGGGAAGGCUCAGUCCGAGGUGGAGCGACUCCUGGAUAUCCUGAGGGAGAUGGAGAACGAAAAGAACGACAAGGAGAAAAAGAUCCAUGAGUUAGAGAGUCUUGCCUCAAGGCAGAUGAAGGACCAGUCGAAGAAGGUGGCCAACAUGAAGCACAAGGAGCAGAUCGAGAAGAACAAGAACGCCCAGCUGAUGGACGAGGCCAAGAAGAGGGAGGACAAUCUGAACGAGAGCUCCCAGCAGAUAAAGGACUCCCUCCGUCAGAAGGAGGAGCGCAUCGAGGAGCUGGAGGAGGCGCUGAGGGAAAGUGUUCAGAUCACGGCGGAGCGGGAGGUGGUGCUCGCCCACGAGGAGCAGGGACGAACACAGUCUGAGAAACAGCUCUCUCACAUUCCAAUGCAUGAGUUCACCACAGCCGGCUUUAGGUGGUCAAAGGUGGAGGACCUGCUGGUCGCCAUGGAGAAAGUGAAGCAGGAACUGGAGGUGAUGAAAGCCAAGCUGUCAUCGACUCAGCUCUCACUGGCCGAGAAGGAAGGUCACCUGACCGCCCUGCGAGCCGAGAGGCGGAAACACCUGGAGGAGGUCCUGGAGAUGAAGCAAGAGGCACUGCUGGCAGCCAUAAGUGAGAAAGACGCCAACAUCGCCCUGCUGGAGCUCUCCUCCUCCAAGAAGAAGAAAACCCAGGAUGAGGUGGCAGCUCUGAAGAGGGAGAAGGACGGUCUGGUCCAUCAGCUCAAACAGCAGACGCAAAACCGCAUGAAGCUGAUGGCGAACAACUAUGAGGACGACCACCUGAAGGUCACCUCUCCAAACUCAGAGCUGCCCAACAAUCACAAGCCGUCCCCAGACCAGAUUCUCUCUCCUCUCCUGGAUCUCAAUCAGAAUCGCAGCAAACUGAAGCUGUACAUCAGUCACCUGACCUCACUGUGUCAGGAGCGAGACCCAAUCAUAUUGCAGGACUUUGCCCCGCCCCCUGCCUAUCACCGUUCUGACUCCGCCUCCUGGCAUACGCAGCUGCACAGCAUGACACAGGAACAGUUGGAGGCAGAGUUAGCACUGUGCGAGAGGGAGGGGGCGGAGCUCCAGGAGUACGCAAACCAGGUCCUGCAGCAGAUCGCCGACCGAUGCCCUGACAUUUUGGAACAAGUUGUGAACGCUCUGGAGGACAGCUGCUGACACAACCACACACACACUAAAACACACACACACUCGCGCGCACACACACACAAAAUAAAAAGUUCCAUCACACAAACUUAGGAAGCACACACACACAUAAACAUAAUGUCCUGAUGUGACACAGUGUGUUGGACAUGAGGAUUAAGACUUUCUCUUCCACCUGCACUCAUUUCAUUUGAAACAAAAAACAUCACUACUAAAAACAUAAACUGUUAUUGGUCCCUACCAUUUAGAUUAACAACAUUGGGAAAUAUUGUUAAUAUUUUCAGUUCAAAGUGCUGUGUAGGCAUGCAGAUCUCUUGGAAUUAGUCGGCCAUCUUGGUUCCUCCCAGGAAGUUGGACGCAUCGUGAAUUCAUUUAUUUGAUGGAGGAAAAAGAUUUUGAAACUGUAUAAAAAGAGUGAAAGUGACUUUGAUCUUACCAGGUAGUUCCUGAUGCCAGACUUACACGCUGUUACCACAUUGUGAUUUGAUUGGUUCAGAUACAAAAGUGUGUUUAUUUCAGCUGCCUUUGAUUCUUUACAUCAUUUGCUGCUAUCGUUUUAACUUUAAGUUUCUUUUCUGUUUUCUGUCUGAUAUCUGAUGAAACCUCCCGACCUGCAGUUUCUCUCAGCAGUCAUCUCGGCAUCGUUGUGUAAAUUGUACAGCUCUCGUCAGGGGAACAUGAAACUUUCUCAUCCUUUUUCUUUUUUUUUUUUUCCUUUACUGAUGAAAGGCACAAAUCGCAAUACUCCCUUUAUGAAAAACACACCAGUGUAGAUGUUUUGUGUUUGUUUUUAACCUAAGAAGAACAGGAAAUGUUCAGUAAAUGUGUCCAUGCUUAAACUAGAGUUCAGAUUAUCCCCCACUUUCCGUAUUUUUUUGUGACAAUCCAGUUUGAGUUGAUGUGGAGGAAUCUGAACUUUCGGAUUGUCCUGUAUUCAAAUUUUCUUUGGGGGGAGGGAGGGAGGGAAUAAAAGUUAUAACUACAUAUUUUUUUGCCUUUGGUAAUAUAUAUAUAUAUAUAUAUAUAUAUAUAUAACACUUAUAUUGUUUAAUUGCAAAUAUUGUCAUGUAUUGGUUGUUAUGUUGCAUAAUGUGUCAACAGCAUUUCUAGUGUGAACUCAAAGUAACCACAGAGUCGGUCCAUUAGCAGGAGGACUGUUAUAAGGAGCGUACAUUGCACCUACAUGCACUGGGUCAUUAUUCUCAGACUCUUAUGUUGUUCGCAGUGGAAAAGACACUCUGUUGCAUGUUUCCAAAUGUGCAGACGGCUUUAGCAUGAAUUAAACCGCUAACGGCACCGAGCACUACAGGGUCAGGCUGUUUCAGGUUCAGAUCAAAGCUCCUCUGGUGUUUAUGUUUUUAGCAGAGAUGGGAGUUAUGAACCGGCAAACAGACGUGCAGGAUGGAGACAAAGCCUAAAGAUGAAACUUCAAACUGCAGACCCAGAUCUGAUUCCACCCUGUCAUGAGACUCUCUGAAGAGGCACUUUAACUGUGUUUUAAAUAAGUCACACGGGUGUAAAUGAGGAGUUUCAAUCCAAAAACAUUCUACCUUUUUCACCAAAUGUCACCUGUUUCCAGAUGCUUAAAAGUUUCAAUGAUCAUGAAAAUGAUCCCUGGAACAUCUCAAUGGUUCUCAUUUGGAAUGAAACUCCACCCAGUAUGAGCUUGUGUUUAAAAUCCAGUGUUUCGUUAUGUUUGUUUUUUGCUGAUGCAGUUUUGUCACGGUGGGAAUGGUGUUGGCCUUCAACACUUUGUUGUGGAUUGAAAAUGGGAAUGAAGAGAAUGGAAUAAAAUAUGACAUAAUUGUUCAUUUUAUUGUGAAA